UGUUAGACAGAAGCUGAGGGUGAGCACCUGAAGGCAUCACUAGUGCAGAUCGCUGUUGUGUGCGCUCUGCUCGCUGUGUUUGCUGUGUUUGCUGCUGGCUCCCCUCUGUCCUCCAUUAGAGCUCGGCUCCAUCCCCGCUGUACGGCGCAGGCCCGAAGUAGCGCAGCCGCUCUGAGUCCUCCUUCCGUGGAUCCAGCUGUGUAGACAAGGCGGCCAAUCAUGGACGAGCACGUCAUUCACCAGACAGAACACAUGACCACGAUCGAGGCCAGCGCCGUAAGCCAACAGGUCCAGCAGGUCCACGUGGCCACCUUUACCGAAGCGUCCAUGAUGAGCGCUGAGGAAGACUCGACGUCCUCACCAGACGAGGAUCCUUACGACGACACAGACAUCCUCAACUCGGCUGGCACUGAUGAGGUCACCGCCCACCUGGCUGCUGCAGGCCCAGUAGGCAUGGCAGCUGCUGCUGCUGUAGCAACUGGUAAGAAAAGAAAGAGGCCUCAUAUCUUUGAAUCCAACCCCUCCAUCCGCAAGAGGCAGCAGACUCGCCUGCUCAGGAAACUGCGAGCCACUCUAGAUGAGUACACCACCAGAGUGGGUCAGCAGGCCAUCGUGCUGUGCAUCUCUCCCUCCAAACCCAACCCUGUGUUCAAGGUGUUUGGUGCUGCUCCUCUGGAGAAUGUGGUGAGGAAGUAUAAAGGCAUGAUGCUAGAGGAUCUGGAGAAUGCUCUGGCAGAACACGCCCCCGCUGGUGGAGAUCUGGCCUCGGAGCUGCCCCCUCUCACCAUUGACGGCAUCCCGGUCUCUGUGGACAAGAUGACCCAGGCCCAGCUGCGAGCGUUCAUCCCAGAGAUGCUGAAGUACUCGACGGGCCGAGGGAAGCCGGGCUGGGGGAAGGAGAGCUGCAAGCCAGUGUGGUGGCCCGAGGACAUCCCAUGGGCCAACGUCCGCAGUGAUGUCCGCACAGAGGAGCAGAAACAGAGAGUGUCUUGGACGCAGGCGUUGAGGACCAUCGUUAAGAACUGCUACAAGCAGCAUGGCCGUGAGGAUCUGUUGUACGCUUUUGAAGACCAACAGGUAACAACGGUACCCACCACCCAGCACCACCUGACCACAGCGCAGAGUAUCGCUCACCUCGUGCCCUCACAGACGGUGGUACAGACCAUCAACAACCCUGACGGAACAGUGUCGCUCAUACAGGUUGGCACAGGACACACAGUUGCCACCCUGGCUGAUGCCUCUGAGCUGCCUGGUGUGACGGUGGCCCAGGUCAACUACUCCACCGUGACCGAUGGAGAGUGCAUUAUUCCCCUUCAGGUGGAGCAGAACUGGGCCACCCUCCAAGGCGGCGAGAUGACAAUCCAAACCACUCAGGCCUCGGAGGCCACGCAGGCAGUCGCAUCCCUGGCCGAAGCAGCCGUCGCCGCAAGUCAGGAGAUUCAGCCCGGAGCCACCGUCACAAUGGCUCUGAACAGCGAGGCAGCAGCCCACGCUGUGGCGACGUUGGCCGAGGCCACUCUACAAGGCGGCGGGCAGAUAGUCCUGGCAGAGACGGCAGCUGCCGUUGGAGCACUGGCAGGGGUUCAAGAUGCCACAGGUCUGGUCCAGAUCCCGGUCAGCAUGUACCAGACUGUAGUGACCAGCCUCGCCCAGGGCAACCGGCCCGUCCAGGUUGCGAUGGCACCUGUCGCCACACGCAUAGAUAACACCGUCACGCUGGACGGCCAGGCGGUGGAGGUCGUGACCCUGGAGCAGUGACAUUAGUGACCCUGGAAGAAGUAGAAGGCACUGAACGGCCACCGUGGAGAUUUGUUGAUCCUACUGUUUUCCAGACAUCACGCUGUGUACAAUGUCAAAUAUAUUUUUAAAUGUACAUCUGCAGGGGAAGUAAAAGUGAGUUAUCAAUGCAUUGUGUUUACUAUGUAAAGAAAUUACUUUUGGUGGUGUAUUUUUUCUCCCAUUUAGCUUCAUGUUUUUUUUUUUGUUUUAUGUUUUUUGUUGUUUUUUGUUUUUUUUUAGCUCUGUGAUGUUGAGUAUUUAGUAUUUAUUUCUUUACAAUUAACCUUUACUUAAAACGAUGAUGAACCAAAAAGCCCGGGAGGAAAGCCACCACUGCUUCACCCCAGAGUGUGUACCUAUCACUGUUCUGGACUUUCAUUGUUGUCUGUGUGCUCGACUAUUUUUGGUUUUAGGAAGCAUUCGCAGCCAAUUCAGUGCCAUAGUCAGAAAUCGCCUCUCUCUGUUUCCCCCCUAUCUUUGAGCACUGUACUAAAUUUUACUCUUUCCGCCUAAAACUCUGAAGACUGAAGAAAGCUGAAGACACUCCCAGACAUCCCCCACAUUAGAUGAGGACGUAAUGCAUUGACGUCAUGUGCUUUUUCCCCACGUGCUGUUUUACUGUUGUCCACGCACAUGCCAAGAUUUGUGAAGACUCAGGAUAUACAUCAAGGUGUUUUUUACUGUUGGACUGCUUACGCUGACUUCCCAAAGCAGCCAUUUUGUCUACCAAAUCCAUUUAUUUACAGUGCAUGGAUAUGAGCUCCCCUUGGUAUGUUAUUUUUUUAACAUGAACUCCUUUGUAUGUCGAUUAGGACUCGAUGGUCUUUAACACUUUGUAAAUCACAGUAAGUAUUUGGACCUGACGCUGCAGUAUUUGUGAUGCCAACAUCAUAAAAAUAUCAAUCUUGCCACAAAAAAAAAAUAAAAAUGUGCUUGCGAAGAAUCAGCGUAUUUGGAUGCAGCUGUAAAACUUGGCUCAACUCUCACCACUAUUUAAAAAAAUAAAGUCCAAUAAAAUGGCUGCUGUUCACCGUUCA